AUGCUAGGUACAUGGAGAUUACCACCCCACAAGCUCAAUGUGAUGAGUUCCCCUUGGCCAUUUGCAGUAUGGGGAAUGGCUGUUAUUGGACUGAUUGAGCCUGCUGCCUUCAAUGGUCAUAGGUUCAUUUUGGUCGCCAUUGAUUACUUCACAAAGUGGGUCGAAGCUGCUUCCUACAAAGCUGUGACAAAGAAAGUUGUGGCCGAUUUUGUUCGCAGCAAUUUGAUAUGUCGUUUUGGAGUUCCAGAGUCUAUCAUCAUACACAAUGGAGCAAAUCUGAAUAGUCAUUUGAUGAAAGAGAUAUGUUAUCGCACCACAAUCCGAAUCUCAACUGGAGCAAUCCCUUACCAAUUGGUAUACGGAACAGAAGCAGUGAUACCAGCUGAAGUUGAGAUACCAUCUUUAAGGAUUAUUCAGGAAGCUGGAUUGAGCGAUGCCGAAUGGGUUCGUGACCGAUAUGAGCAAUUGGCAUCGAUUGAUGAGAAAAGAAUGAGUGUUGUUUGUCAUGGCCAGUUGUAUCAACAGAGAAUGACUCGCGCUUUCAACAAGAAAGUAAGAGUUCGAACAUUUGAGGUAGGCCAAUUGGUAUUGAAACGCAUUUUCCCUCAUCAAGACGAAUACAAAGGGAAGUUUGCACCUAACUGGCAAGGACCGUAUGUUGUCCACAAAGUACUAUCAAGAGGAGCUUUGGUUCUAGCAGAGAUGGACGGUAGAGUGUGGCGAAAAGCUAUCAAUUCAGCUGCCUUUGAAGGAUGCUAUUUAUUUCCUUUAUUUCCUUGUAAUUGCAGGUAUAAUAAGAUCAUCAAAGGAGCUAUAUUUUAUCAACCAACUAGUUCAGGAGAACAUAUCCAGCAAAUAUCAAAUUAG